AUGACUAGUCGAAGCGGAUUAUCGGUGAUUGAACACCACGGCUCAUUCCCCGCAACCCAAGUCUAUACCUUGAUACCGAAAUUCCUUGACAACAAGGAAACACUGGAAUGGCUCGGCUGGACCUCCCAGAAAGCUGUUGAAAUAUGGGCACGAUGGACAACAAUCAAUACAGUCGAAGAAGGCCGCGGUACUAUCUUUGAAGUAGAAUUUCUCGAACAUGCUACCGGCCACAUUCCCUAUAACGAGCUCGGAGACAGUGCAGACGACUGGGAAGAACACAUGAAGAAUUGGGGCGUUGGUUCAGAACUCAUCAACGCUAUUAUGGAUGCCGAGUUUUUGAAUGUGAGGUUGACAGACGACUCGAGAGCGGAGAAUAGAGACGCCCUCAACACUAGUGUCGCAACCGACACGGCCUCAAGAACAUCCAAUGUCCCAGGUCACCUAGCCUUGUACAAGGUCAUCUCCACAGACCGAGUAAGAAGGGAUAAAGAGGGCAAUAUUGAAAUUGGCUCUCUAGUGAAUGGGACUCCGAGCGACUUCCGAGGCUUUGGAGGCACAAUGCUUUACUUUGCGCCAGAUCUCAAGAUUGCGGAGCAUUAUCGUAACUAUAUCAAACGCCGAGCACCAACUUCACAAGCGUUGAUAAUCCGAUUGAGUCUCUCAAAUGCCUUCAUAGAGAAGCUUCCACCGCAUAUAAUCGAGUUCGGUGACUUGUGGAGACAGGUUAUCCACACCUGUCGUUCUGGUCUUAAUUUGAAGGAUAACUUGAAGUAUAUUCAUAGACUGCCUCUCAUCAUAACUCCGAUAGCCCAUUCACCAAAUAUAGCUAUUGCAAUGCUUCAAGAUUGGCAGCAGGUUGUGAUUGGACAUGUUUUGCGUCUUGAAGGGCAAUAA